GACAAGGGAGGAGUGUAACAAGAGGAGGCUCCUGCUGCUGCCGCUGACUCACACGGAUAAAGUUAUUAAGGCGCGGUCCUCAGUUCUGUUCUUGUCUUCUCACUACAUUAUCUUGAGUUAGGGAGCUGGACAGAGAGUUAGAGAGGAGACUUUCAGAGAGACAGUCUUAGGGUGUGAGAGUUAGGGUGAGAGACGGUGAGAGUGAAAGAAAGACAGAGAGCGAGAAAGUGUUUUUGAUAGAGAGAGAGAAAGUGCUUUUGAGAGAGAUAGAGAGAAAGCGACUUACUGAGCGAGAGAAUAGUAAUUAUAAGAGUAGUGAGGCCUGUAUAGGAUGUCAUGAUAGACUAAGAUGUGAAGAAAGAUCUGCACCGUCAGCCUGUUCAGGCCCAGAGACCCAGACAGAGGCCCAGCAGGCUCACCCUGCAGCCUGAAGUAGAGAGGAGAGAGUAAGGGAGGUACUGUGUCUUGGCACACCAGCAACACACAGGACAUCCACAAACCAGAGAAAGAGAACAUGGAGACCCUCAUCAUCAAGAAUGAAGAGAAUACAGAAGAGAGUCAUCCCAUAACUGGAAGCAAAGAUGUCACCACAUCCAUGAAAAACAUGUGGGACCUGAACCUAAACCAGGAACAAGAGGACCCAACAACAACACACGAUAAACCAGGGGAGAACACCCAGCCUCAGAACCAGGAACAAGAGGACCCAACAACAACACACGAUAAACCAGGGGAGAACACCCAGCCUCAGAACCAGGAACAAGAGGACCCAACAACAACACACGAUAAACCAGGGGAGAACACUCAGCCUCAGAACCAGGAACAAGAGGACCCAACAACAACACACGAUAAACCAGGGGAGAACACUCAGCCUCAGAACCAGGAACAAGAGGACCCAACAACAACACACGAUAAACCAGGGGAGAACACCCAGCCUCAGAACCAGGAACAAGAGGACCCAACAACAACACACGAUAAACCAGGGGAGAACACUCAGCCUCAGAACCAGGAACAAGAGGACCCAACAACAACACACGAUAAACCAGGGGAGAACACCCAGCCUCAGAACCAGGAACAAGAGGACCCAACAACAACACACGAUAAACCAGGGGAGAACACCCAGCCUCAGAACCAGGAACAAGAGGACACAGCAACAACACACGAUAAACCAGGGAAGACCACCCAGCCCCAGACAAAAUCUAGCGGGUUUACUGUCACCCCAGAAGAUGUGCUGUGUGACUCCUGCAUCGAGAUCCCGUGCCGGGCCCAGAAGUCCUGCCUCACCUGCCUGGUGUCGUACUGCGAGGCCCACCUCAGACCCCACCUGGAGAACCAGAGGUUCCAAAAUCACCGGCUGGUGGAGCCCUUACAGGACAUCGAGUGUCGCACCUGUGAGGAGCACCGGCUACCGCUUGAACUAUACUGCCUGACGGACGGCUGCGGUGUGUGUGUGUGCUGCGAGUGUGAGGGACAGGGACAUCUGGGGCACAGUACUGUACCUGUAGAGGAGGCUCGAAGACAGAUCCAGACAGAGCUGCAGAAGAAACAAGGGGAGAUUAUGAAGAGCGUCUCAGUGGCAGAGAAUUCCAUUGGCAAGCUACAGAGCAACACUGCAUCCAUAGAGAGCUCGGUGGCAGGGGUACGUGCUGUGAUGGAGCAGCAGUUCUAUCUGCUGCAAGGGGCCGUAGAAGAGGCCCGGAGGAAGGCCACGGAGGUUCUGGAGGGGGAGCAGAGGCAGGCGCUCAGCCAGGCCGAGGGCAUCCAGGCCCACCUGGAGCAGAAGAGCCAAGAGCUGAAGAAGACCCUGGCCAGAGUGGAGAGACUCUUCAGGAACAAGAGGGAUGUAGACUUCCUGCAGGAAUACUCAGAGUGGAAGACGGGGGCUGUGGAUGUCUGUCUGCCUGGGCUCUACAUCGGCCUCACAGAUCGCCUGGCCUCCUUCAGCUGCCUGCUCACUGAGUCCACCCAGGAACUGUGUGACCAGAUCAAGGCUACCUACAGGGACAAACUGAAGGACAUCUGCAGGACUGAGAAACUGGGCAUUACAACCAUGGUCCAUCCCAAGAUGUCAAAGUCUUUUUCACUUCCUGAGCCUGAGAUGCGAGACGACUUCCUCACGUAUGCCAGCAGUCUGACCUUUGACCCAGACACUGUCCAUAAGUUCCUGAGACUAACCGAAGACGACAGGAAGGUGACCAACACCACGCCCUGGCAGCACAGCUACCCAGACACGCCCGAACGCUUCGAGUACUGGCGCCAGGUGAUGACCUCAGAGAGCCUCUACCUGGGCCGACACUACUUUGAGGCAGAGCUGAGUGGGGAGGGCGUGCACGUGGGACUCACCUACAAGAGCAUCGACCGGAAAGGCGUGGAGAGAGGCAGCUGCAUCACAGGAAAUGACUUCUCGUGGAGCCUCGGAAGGGAGGGGCGGAGCUUUUCCACUUGGCAUGCUGAUAUGGAGGCGGUCGUGGAAGCCACAAGUGUGUUCACGAGAAUCGGCGUCUACAUCGACUUUGACUCAGGCUCAUUAGCUUUCUAUGGUGUGACUGACAUCGCUAUGACUCUCCUCUACAGGUACAAGGCUGAGUUCAUGGAGCCCUUGUAUCCUACUGUCUGGCUCUCAAAGAAGGACAGUGUGGUGUUGUUGGUUGGUCCUAAGGACCCCCCACUAAUGAAGAGCUCAACUCUGCCUGCCACCCCCAUCACUCCCAUGGCAACAUCAGCUCCUGUCAGUCCAGAAUCAUAAUACUUUGACUGCAGAAGUGUAGUUAGGUUAAAGAGGCGGACCAGUACACAUUUCUGUUUCUCACAAAUACAAUAAAGUAUCUAUUCUAUUCAUAAGCAGUUGCCUUAAGUGACUGAUACUGUACUUAUUUAACAGGACACAGCAUCAAGUAUCACAAGACAACAGACAGGGACUUUACAGGGGGUAUCUGCACUCAUCCAGGACCUAUAUACUAGGCGGUGUCAGAGGAAGGCCCAAAAACUUCCCCAGAUUCCAGUCACCCAACUCAUAGACUGUUCUCUCUACUACCGCACGGCAAGUGGUACCGGAGCGCCAAGUCUAGGUCCAAAAGGCUCCUUAACAGCUUCUACCCCCAAGCUAUAAGACUGCUGAACAAUUAAUCAAAUAGCCACCCAGACUUUGUUUUUACACUGCUGCUACUCACUGUUUAUUAUCUAUGUACAAAAUGACCUCGACUAACCUGUACCCCUGCACAUUGACUUGGUACCGGUACCCCUGUAUAUAGCCUUGUUAUUGUUAUGUAAUUUUAUUGUGUUACUUUUUAUUUAACUUUUUACUUUAGUUUAUUUUAGUAAAUAUUUCCUUAACUCUAUUUCUUGAACAGCAUUGUUGGUUAAGGGCUUGUAAGUAAGAAUUUCACAGUAAGGUCUGGACCUGUUUUAUUCGGCGCAUGUGACAAAUAUAAUUUGAUUUGAUAUAGAACAAAACAUGACACUGAGGGAUUGAGUAAUAACUUUUUAGCUGCCCUUUUUAUUGGAACAGGUUAGCAAGUGACUGACUUGCUAACUACUGUCAUUGGUCUUUCAUAUGCAAAAACAUACUAUGUUUAUUUGACAUUGUGCUGAGUACUAACUACCAAGAUGAAUUCAAGGGCUGUCUUUCAUUGUUGUGUCAAUGGUCAAUCUAAUGUAAAUCAUAUUAACAAUGUGACAAA